CGCGUUCUUCAAUUCCCCUCCACCUUCAAUCUCCUACUCAACCUUCGGCAGUUGGGCUUCACCCCUUCACGCUAAGAUGCCUUCGCAGAUCACCUUCACGCCUUCGCAGAAUCGCAGUAGGCACUAGGCAGUCCGCCGUCUUCCUUCUAUCCUUCUCCUCCCUCGCCAGGUCUGCCGCUUCAGCUUAAGCAAAUAUUGAAGAAUUUCUACGCCUGCACGUUAUUUCUGUUGAGGCUAGAAUACUAGUGUAUACAUAACCAGUGAACUUUAAUUUCAGAGAGGAGUUUCUGAUAGUCAUAUUUUCUUGCCCCAAUGACACUUUGGUGUAUCCUGUUGUAAAAUUUUGUCAAAUUAACUGCUGGUUAUGAAUAUGUGAUUGCUUGAAGCCCUUAAAAAUGGCAUUGUGCCUUCAUUCUUCACUCAGCAAUGACAGGCUAGUUACUUCCCUCAAUUCCAACUUUCUUUCCGGUGAAAUUCCGAUGUCCCCUCCCAUUAGCAGAAACCUAAGAAAUAGACACUGCCUAGGCAAUGUUUCUGUUUCUGUUUCUUGUUCCUCUCUCAAACUUGUGCGGGACAGGUCACUUGACAGGCAUGUUGUUAAAAAGAAUAAAAUUCGUUUUGUUCAAAAACUGGUCACUUUACUUCUUUCUAAGCCAAAACACUAUCUUCCACUUCACAUUCUCACGAAAUGCCGGUCAUAUCUAAAUCUUUAUUCACCUCGUUCUCUACUUGCUAUGAUCCAUCGCUAUCCAUCCAUCUUUGAAUUCUUCACCAUCCCAUAUCCUCCAACGCCACUCAAUGCUACAAAGCCGUAUCCUCAACUGUGUGUUCGUCUAACUCCAGCUGCCGCAUCUCUUGCUGCCGAGGAAUUGAGUCUCAAAGAUGCUGUUUCCACCUCCUUGGCAAUUAAACUCCAGAAACUUCUUAUGCUAUCUUCUCAUCAUCGGCUUGUCUUGUCAAAGUUGGUUCACCUAGCUCCGGAUCUUGGCCUUCCUCCUAAUUUUCGAUCCAGGCUGUGCAAUGACCACCCAGAUAGAUUCAAAACUAUUGAUACUUCCUAUGGUCGUGCACUUGAGCUUGUAUCCUGGGACUCCAGCUUGGCGCUGUCUCUGCCCUCUCCUGCAUCCCACUCUUGUGAUUUAAUAGUUGACAGACCUUUGAAGUUCAAGCAAUUGAGACUCCGAAAGGGGCUUAAUGUAAAGAGACGCCACCAAGAUUUUUUAAUAAAAUUUGAAGAGAUGCCUGAAGUGUGUCCUUAUAGGACCCCUAUUGAAAGUCUGGAAAAGGAGUCGGUCGAGGCAGAGAAGAGAUCUUGUGCUGUAGUUAGAGAGGUUCUUGGAAUGACGGUUGAAAAGAGGACUUUGGUAGACCACUUGACCCAUUUCAGAAAGGAGUUUGGGCUACCAAACAAGUUGAGAGGUAUGAUCCUGAGGCACCCAGAGUUAUUUUAUGUCAGUUUAAAAGGGCAAAGGGAUUCUGUGUUCCUGGUUGAGAAGUUUGAUGAGAAGGGUAAGCUGUUAGAGAAGGAUAAGCUAUUGACCCUACAAGAUCAAUGGACGGCGUUGGCUAGGGAAUCCAAAAGAAUGAGAUGGGAAAGAAGAAUGUCUAGGAUUGACAAGGAUGCUGGUCGUGUCAGUGCCAGUUAUGAGGUUGAUGCGGAUGAUAAUGAUGACGUCGAUGAUUAUGAGAUUGAUAACUUUAAAAAUGGCUAUGAUGAUGGUUUUGAGGAUUUAUUUGAGGAUUUGGAUUUUGAUGAUGAGGACGACGACAAAAGCAAGUUUCUUGCCCAAAAUAAGAAUGGGGAGUUUUGGACUGCUGGAUCUUCUAGUCAAAGUGAUUUGGCAGGAGCACAAGUGCAACCUUGGUAGUACCUUGAGAGUAAUUCAGAGAAUCGAAGUAAGAACAUGUUACAUGGGAGUUAAUGGCUAGUUAGAGGGGGUUUGCUAGUUUGGAAGUUCCCACCCUCCUAUCAGUGUGUGUGAAUGUGAUGCAUGUGAAUUGGUAUUAGUUGUGUUACGGUGAACAUGUACGAGAAUAUGUGUCAGAAUGAGUAUACGCAUUUUAAAAGGGUUA